CCUGCAUGAAUUCAACAGCUUUAUAUUUACCUAUUGCGUGUUAAACUGAAUAGUACAUUAUAUGUCAUGGAUGUGGUGGGGAUGAUGCUGGAGUAAUAUCGGAGACGUGACGCGGCGUGCCAGCCAUAGUGACCGCACAGCCGCCGGGUGAGACGCUCGCCGCUCGCGACACAACAUGGAGACCAAGAAGUUCACCAGGAAGGAGAUCGCCGAAAGGGACACCAAAGCGGAGACCGUGUUCGUAAUAGCCAACAAAGUGUACGAUGUAACCAAGUUCGUCGACGACCACCCCGGCGGACAUGAGAUCCUGGUAAACGUGGCAGGCAAGGACGCCUCGGAGCAGUUUGAGGAUGCCGGCCACAGCCUGGACGCCAAGGAACUGAUGCAGAAGUACUACAUCGGGGAGCUGGUGGAGCAGGAUAAGCGGCAGGUGAUCGACCGCAACGUGAACUGGAACCUGCCGCCGCUGCCCGAGGAAUCCGCGAGCGGCUUCUUCUCCUCAUGGAAGUUCCCCGCCGCGCUGGGCCUGCUGCUCACUCUCCUCUACACCUAUCUCUUCUCAUAAAUUUUACUUUUAAAGAUUGUAACGUCGAAGCAAAGAUCGGAUCUUUGCAUCUGUGUAAUAAUGUCAGCUGAAAGGUAACAGCUGCGCAUGCUGCGCUCUCCUACUCAAUUAUAACUUACACUCAGCUUUAAAAACGCACUAUCACGGCAAGUGGCAACUUCUUGAUGUGAUACAGCGUAUUUUUUAUUGGGCUGUUGAUUACAAUAAAAAUAAUUUUUUUUUAUUUCUUUAUCUGUAUCGAUAACAAAAUUGAUUUUUUAAAUUCUGGGCAUAACAUAUUUACUGUAAUCCCUCUCGAUUUGUUUGUGUGCGUGUGUGUGUAUGUUCUCGAAUCACUGGACAACAAGAAAAACCGUCAUGAAGCAUAACACGGCGGCGGCAUAUUCAUCUAAUGUAAAUACUUUAUUCUUAUGAGCAUAAAAUGUUCUAACACAAUGAUUGUCAUUGUCAACACUUGUCAUUAUCAAGGCACAAUUAUAUGAAUGCAGAAUGCACUAACCAAUUGCAAUAACAUCGCUCAACUCAAUUAAUCUUUUGGUAAACUAAAAUACUGCAUUUGAGAAAUUAUAAACUUGUCCAUUUAAGUUAAAUAUAACAUGUGUUAAUACUAAAGUAGACAAUGUCAACUUUCUCAGAAUAAAAGUUAACCGACUAAAUGUCGGAGUCGAAAGUAGAGAGUAGACAAAAUUAAUAAGAAAAUAUCUAGCUACUGUUAUGUACUCUAGUUACUGUGCAGAUCAACAUCAGUAUGUGUUGUAAAUAAUGCAUAUUUUGCUUAUUUAUAUCCUUUGCUUUUAUACGGUAUUAUUUUUGGGGCAAUGCAAGUAACAUUCAAGAAACAUUUGUACUCCAAAAGCGAUGUAUUCGCAUAAUAUAAUAUAUAACUGGAAAAACCGAGAAAUGCUAAGAAGUACAUUUAAAGAAACAAUUUUAACGCCGACUUGCAUCUGGACUUCACAUCUUGGAGUUAUAUCUUCUAACAAAAAGAAAAAG